AUGUCUGUGCCCAAUGAAAACUCCGUUCGUUCUAAAAAAAAUCCGUUUUUGAUCUCAUUGAUUAGCGGUGCGUGUGCAGGUACAGCAACUGAUCUAGUCUUUUUCCCAAUCGAUACUUUGAAAACAAGAUUGCAAGCAAAGGGCGGGUUUUUCCAUAAUGGUGGCUAUAGAGGUGUUUAUAAAGGUUUGGGAUCUGCGGUAAUUGCAAGUGCUCCAAGUGCAUCUUUGUUUUUUGUAACUUAUGAUUCAAUGAAAAAAUUUUUACAUCCUUUUUUUAUCAAAUAUAUUGGUGGUUGUAACAAUAAAAGUGAAUUAGCCAAUGUUCUAACCCACAUGUCUGCCUCCUCAUUGGGUGAAAUUACCGCUUGUCUAGUUAGAGUCCCUGCUGAAGUCAUUAAACAAAGAACUCAAACUAGCCAAUUACUAAAUUCGUCUUCUUGGAAAACUUUACGAUCAAUUCUACAAAACAAUCGUGGAAAUGUAAUAAGUACUUUAUACAGAGGCUGGAACACUACAAUCAUGAGAGAAAUCCCAUUCACUUGUAUUCAAUUCCCUAUAUACGAAUAUUUAAAGAAAAAUUGUAAAGAUCCACAAACAGAGUCUAUAGCUCCCUGGAAGGGCUCUUUGUGUGGGUGUGUGGCAGGUGGUAUAGCAGCCUCCAUUACUACCCCAUUAGAUGUUUUGAAAACUAGAUUGAUGUUAAGUGAUAAAGAUAUACCCGUCCUUAAAUUAAUUGCAACAUUAUACAAAGAGGAAGGUUUUACAGUAUUUUUCAGUGGCAUUGGUCCAAGAACAAUGUGGAUUUCUAUGGGUGGCGCUAUAUUCUUAGGUGUCUAUGAAACUGUACACUCUGCGUUAUAA